UGGUAGCGGGCAACAGAAACACUCUCCGGCCCUAUGCGCUGCGAAUCGGCGGUGGAAAUAAAAUUGAUGGUUCCCUUACAUCCGCUAUUUGAAACCACAUCCUGAGCCAUAACACAAAAACAUUCGAAACCUCUUAUCAAGCGAGGCAUAUUCCACACAAUUUGAUGUCAUUCGUUUUCGAUAGUACAUCUGAAGACGAUUCCAAGCUAUUCAAGCUAUUAGCCUCCGCAUCCUUGCGCAGGGAUGACAAAGCACCGCUUUACCCGACAGCGGCUACGCUAGAAACGUUUGAAAAUCGCGAGGAUAUGAAAGCACUUCGCGCACAGCGUCGUCACUUCCGGGAAGAGCUCAAACUCUCUGCAGACAAUAGAGAGGUAAAGCAACUUACCGCAAAAAUUGGAGAUCUACGGACGGUAUUGUCAAACUUGGCUGUCAAGCAGGCUCGAGAAAACUACUUCGCUGAAGUUGAUUCCCUUAGGGCUCGUGGCCUGUCAACCGAAGAUAUGCCAGCCCCCCCUCCAAAUCCUUUCAGAUGCUCCUUCGGUCCCAGUUUACCUGCAGCAACAAUCAUUGGUCGAUACUUGAACCCCAAAGAUCCGGCUUCCGACACCGCUACGAAAAUGGUUUUUCCAAAUUCGACCGACAGUGGUUCUGACCAAACUACCCAAAAGCGGCUUGCAGUAUCGGAAAUGCUUUUUGCGUAUCUGAAUGAUAGGUACGGAGAAGUAGAAGGGAUUGCUCAGGAAAUGGAGCAACCAGCCUCCGAACAUAAGAAAGCAGCUUCCACGCUCUCUACAUGUCUUCUCUGCCUACAAAGCUUCACUCGUCGACGUAACCUCAGUAGACACCAUCGGAGCGUCCAUUUCACAGCAACGACCUUUGAACCUUUCUCAUGCCCCGAAUGUCAGCGGCAAGGAAAGGAGGAGUAUAGAAUCGAGAGGGCAUCGGAGUGGAGUAACCAUGUCGAAAGAGUACAUGGUUUCAUCAAUACUCCGGUUCUCUUCACUAAGCCAAUCGUCAAACCCAAACCAAUGGCUACAACUACCAAGUCGAAAUCCGCUCCUUGUUUAAGAUGCGGCCAAUUGUUCUAUGCCGGAAACAGUUUGUCAAGGCAUAUGAAUAAGUAUCACAGAAUCGUAGAGCCAUUCGAUUGUCCAAAAUGUAAGGGAGAAGGGGAGAAUAUCCAGAUUAAUGACCUCGCUUCGUGGCUUACACAUACGUCGGAUGUUCACGGUUGUAAUGGGCAAACAGGAGUGGUUAUUGAUAAGGAAUGCCUACCAAAACAGGGACAGAAGAAGAGGAAAAGAGAAAACAUAGUGGAGGAAGCAAUAAAACGUAGUAAAUUAGAAUCCUAAGUAUAUAGAAUACAAACUAGAAUGCUAUCUCCG